CUUGCUUAGAGUCACAUAGCUAGUGUCUAGUGCUAGAUUUGACCUGCAUCUUCCUGACUCCAAUGAUCUAUCCACUGUACCGCCUAGCUGCAUUUUGCUAUAUUUUGUGGGGGAGUACCCAUCUUUUUACAUGAUUGUUUUUACCAUAUUGCUUUAUUGUGUAAUAUCAUAAUAUCCAAAGAAUAAAGUAUAAAAUUUGUGUAGCCCUCAAAAGAGCAAGAGAGAAACAUUGAGGAAGAUAAGUUGUCUGCAGCUUACUGCCAACAGUAGCUUAUACACAAGGAACAGUGUAAAAAGGAGUAGCUGAAGAGAAGAGUGAUUUGAGAAGUAGAUGGAAUGGCAGGAAUGGCCCUUGGGCUACAUUGUCUUGUACAGGGUACUCACAGCUCUGGAGGAAAAGCCCUCGUUGGAGAGUGUGUGCCAGUGGAAGACCAUGAUCAGUUACCCAGGAUGUGAAGGUACAUAGGUUGCAGUCUGAGCUGUUACUAAUAAUGACAGGUAAGACUAUAUAGCCCUUUAGAGUUUGCAAAGUGCUCUGCCCUACAGUAUGUCAUUUGAUCCAACUGUAGUAUCUACAUUAACAAGACCACAUCCCUUGGAUUCUUCCAUUCUCUUCACCUCUAGAUCCAGUCAAUUGUCAAGUUUUGUUGAUUGUAUUGCUACAACCUCUCUCUGAUUCUUUCACAUCAUAUAGUUGUCACCUUAGGUCAGACUCUUCCUUCUUCAAUCUCUUGGAGAAAAGCCCUUUGACUCAUCUCUUUGGAUCAGGCAGCUCCAGAGAUAAGGGACUUUGGCUCCCACUUGAGAGACCAGUUCUCUUGAGUACUGUCUGGAUUCUUGUCUUGUCCUGCUGAAAUUUUGUUUAAUAUUGUUAAAUAUUGUUUAAUAAAAAAGAUACUUCAUUUCUUGAAAAUCUUUGCUCUCUAGGUGUUUUCUUGGGCUCUUACUGUUUCAUAAAGGAACUUUACUGUAUAAAUUUUCUUCUGAAAUAUAGUGUUGCCUUGGAGUUUUAAGGCGAAAACAUGGCACAUGAUACCUGUUUGACUCAAGGCAAGUCACUUCAUCUCUUAGUGACCUGGACUGGUGGCAUAAAAACUGAAGUAAAAAAAGAUUCCUGAAAGCUGCAUAUUGACUUAGAAAUCAACAUAUUAAUAUUAUUUUUAUAUAUUUUGUUUAAUGUUUCCCAUCUUCUAAGUUCAAAUUUGGCCUCAGACACUAAUUAUUUGACCCUGCCCAAGUCACGCAAUCCUGUUUCCUUAUUUGCAAAAUGAGCUAGAGAAAGAAAUGGCAAACCACUUUAGUGUCUUUGCCAAGAAAAUUCAAAUGGGGUCAUGGAGAGUUGGAAUGACUAAAAAUGGCUGUAUAACAAAGACUAGGUAUACUAUUCAAGUACUUGGGAAUAACGUUCUCUACUACAUAGGACUCAGAUGCUCUUUAACUAAUCUGACUAGGAUUUGAAAGAGAUUACACUUAAAAAAAAAAAAAAGAACAAAUACCAAUUUGUUCUAUUUUUGCUUACUUUAGAUCGAAUUGCAUAUGAUUAAUUAAGUAUAGUUUAGUGUUAAUAAAUGUUUUUUAAACUGAAUUUAAAGUAAAAUUAGAAGUAUCCCAAUGCUCUAUCAAGUACGAAAUCUUGAAAUUGACAUAAGCACUACUCCUCUUAGAAGUGAAUGGGGAUACCCUAACUCACUGAGACCAGUACUAAAAAAGGAAGUCUGCUAUUAUAUAAAAACUAUAAGCCAAUUAAAAAAUAUUAUUGCUCUUGACAUUGGCCAGAAAUAACGAAAAGAUUGCUAAAUCUUAGAAGAAUAGAUUUACCAAAAAUGCUACUAGCUAAAUUUAAAAAAAAAAAAAAAAAAAAAAGGAAGACCAAAAUAUGAGAAACCAAAAGCCUUCUUUCUUCAAGCUUUCUAAUUGAUCUUCCUCAAGUACAGAUAGCAUAGUCCUUUACACAUACAAUGGUCGCCUAAUAAAUGCUAGUUGCCUUAGGAACUGACCAGCCUUCAAAAAAUUUAACUUUACUAAAGCCCUUCAACUAAUCUAAGAUUAGCUAUAUAUUUGUGUAUUAUUUUUAUUUACUUAAUCUUACAGUCUGAGUUUCAGUUUAAAAUCUAAGCCUGUAGUUGUACUUAAAUGUUAAGAAUUAUGCCUGGGUGUAAGGGCAGGUCAGUUCUCCGAGAGUCUCCACAGCUGUGGAUUGUGACUCUUGAGGGAGUUGGGGAGGCCUUUACUGACACAGAUGUUGCUUGUGGACUAGAAUGAAGAAAGAGGAGAGAGGUCAGAGAAAAGCAAAUGCCUCUCAAUCUCCUCCUAUCAUCAUCAUCUGCUCACGAAAAGAGAUAACAAUUCCAGUUACUGGUGUCUCGAUUCUGGAAACCACAUAAUAAAUUAUUUCCUUAUCUGUAUUCUUAUUUAAUUUUUCUACUUUACAUAGCAUUAUAUAUGUAUUAUAUGCAUGUGUUUACAUAUGUGUGUAUAUGUAUAUCCAUAGAGAGAAAUGGAUUUCCUAAGGAUAACCAGGAUAUUGAAAUAAUAAUAAUAAUAUUUUAACUUAGACUUUUCUUCAAAGAAAAUUAAAAUAUAUUUUACAUACUUUGUUUUAUUCCUUUGAAUCAGUUAACAAGGAUUUAUUAAGUGCCUACUGUGUACCAGAUACUGUGCUACGCUUUGAGAAAAUAAAGAAAAAUGAACUGGUCGUUGGCCUCAAGAAAAUGAUAGCUAUCUUUAAGUAUAGCUUACUGCUACAUUCUGAAGUUUAUAAAGAAAGGGAAAAGAGAAGAGAAGGCCUCUGCAGCUUGAUCAGACAGACUAAAUAAGAAGGGAUUUAUUUAAUUGUUAUAAUCUGUAGGAAAACAGAAUUCUUAAUAGCUAAAAUAAACAAAUUCAAUUUAACAAUAUCUUCUCUUCAAUUCUGAACUUCACCCUCCAAAAAAAAAAAAAAAAAAAAAAAAAAAAAAAAAAAAAAAGAAAGAAACCUGAAAAGAUGCCAUCAGUUGAUGUUGGAAAAAUCUAUUUGUUGGGACUGUUAAACAGUAAGGGUUUGGGGCUUUUGUUUUAGUUUUCCUUUUAAAAAAAAAAAAAAACCUGUUAUUUCAACUAACAUGAACUUUGAUAAGUGGCAUAAAGAUCACUUGAUAUCAAUUAGAUUAAGUUGUUAUCUGGGUGCAAAGUUUUGAUUUUGUCAAAAGGCUUUUCACAUGGAAUACUAUUCUUGGAAUUGGAUGAAAUAUUAUUCUUGGGAUCAGAACCUGUUUUACAGCGUAAUUUUUAUUUUUAAAAAAACAUUCACAAAGUUGAUUUUUGCCAUACUGUUAUUAUUGUGGAAUGGGAGGAUGAGGACAGGGAAAUAUUUUUCCUAAUAUUACCUAAAAGACUGAAGAAAUCAGAAAAAGAAUAAGAAAAGUUUGAUUGUUAACUUUUUAUACAAUACUAGGAAUGUAGAGUUUAUAAAGUGUACUUGGCUUUUUUCCCUUCUUUUUUAUGUAAAUCUUUUCCUUCUUCUGAAUCUAAUUUGCUUGAUAUCAAGCAAAUUAUAUAAUGAUACUGUAAAUUUCUUUUUGUUCUUCUAGAAUUUAACAUUAACCAUACCUAAAUAUGGUCUAGCUAAUGUUAUUAACAUCAUCUCAUAUUUCAGUUAGUAUAAGUUCUACCAUAAUAAAGAGCUUCAGUGUUAUUUUCAAAGCCUUAGUCUCAAUACUUUAAGGCUCUUUUUAUUUGUUGCUGAUUUUUCUGACUGAACAAAAGUUCAAGAUUUGCUCAUUAAUCUAGCAAAUUCAUUAAGUUAAACCAAAUACACAUUAUAGUGGAAUGAGCACUAGCUUUGGAGUAAGCUGUUGACUUCACUGCUAUAUCUGUGAGAAUUAGUCUUAUCCAAGCCUCCUACAGUGAAGACAGUUGGGUUAAAUGAUAUAUAAGGUCCCUUACAGUUCCCCUUUUCAUCCUGUACCUUUAUAGGGUCUUUUGGGCAGGAGGAAGGAGACUUUGGUAUAACCUGUAGAAACUUACCUUUUCCUGAGAAACUGAAAUAGUUUUGUAAUGAAUGUGCUUGUGAUACACUGGGACAGUACUGUAUCCCUACAUGACCCCUCCCUCACCCCCAACACAUAUCAAUAAGGAGCUCGAGAACAUUUCAAGAUUACAGGCCUAUAAUCGAACAUAUUUAUAGACCCAGUGAGGGCAAAAACAUGUUUUUGCUGUGCUGUGAUUUAUUUAUUCCUUCUAUCAUUAGAUUCUAUGGCACCGUGUUAAGUAGAUCAAGGAUUCAGAAGUUCUACAUUGACCUCAUGUACCACAAGGUCUAUGACUUUGGGCAAGUCAUUUAAUCUCUGCUUGCCUCAGUUUCCUCAUCUGUAAAAUAAAGAUGGCACUACCACUUUCCUCACAGAGUUGUUGUUAGGAUAAAAUGAGAAUAUUUGCUUUGCAAAUCUUAAAGCACUAUAUAUGUUAAUUAUCAUCACCAUGUCCAUCUCUUAUUUGCUUGGUUAACUACCUUCCCCUUUAUUAACAACGAAAAUAGCCUUAUCCAGUAUUCUGUUACUGCUUUCAGUGAUCUCAUUUUUCACCUGGAUUCCAGCAGGACCAUAGAAAUUUGGACUUUGCCAUUGGCUUUUAUAUUCAGUGUUUAGUAAUCACCUGCAUUUAAUGACCUUAUUGAAUGCUGAUAAGAACUCUUCUUAAAUCACCUUUCUGGUCAGAAACUCGGUACAAGAUUCAGAGGUGGAAGAUUCAAAAUAAUCAUAGAUUUACUGAUUUCCGGGCUGGAUUGUAUUUCAAAAGUUCCUAGGAUGUUAACUAGAAUGGGUCUUAAGGCCCAUUUAGCCCAGUCCCCUUAUUUUCCAGAUGAAGCCGAAGCCCAAGGAGGUGGUGAUUUGGCCAAGCUCAGACUGACAAUCGAUCGGUUGGAAGUAAGCAGCCUUGCUCAGACAUCCAGCGCAGUGACCUCUAGCACCGACGGCAGCAUCAACACUGAGUCAGUGGAUGGGACGCCCGACCCCCAGCGCACCAAAGCAGCUAUCACCCACCUGCAGCAGAAGAUCCUAAAACUCACGGAGCAGAUCAAAAUUGAGCAAACAGCCCGGGACGAUAACGUUGCAGAGUACUUGAAACUUGCUAACAACGCAGACAAGCAACAGACUGCCCGCAUCAAGCAGGUGUUUGAGAAGAAAAACCAGAAGUCAGCCCAGACCAUCCUACAGUUGCAGAAAAAGCUAGAGCACUAUCAUCGGAAGCUACGAGAAGUUGAGCAGAAUGGGAUCCCCCGGCAGCCCAAGGAUGUUUUCAGGGAUAUGCACCAGGGGCUGAAGGAUGUGGGGGCAAAAGUGACUGGCUUCAGUGAAGGGGUAGUGGACAGUGUCAAAGGCGGACUUUCCAGCUUCUCCCAGGCCACUCACUCAGCUGCGGGCGCUGUUGUCUCCAAGCCUCGAGAGAUUGCCUCAUUAAUUCGGAACAAGUUUGGCAGUGCGGACAACAUCUCUAAUCUGAAAGACUCUUUAGAGGAAGGGCAGAUAGAGGAUGGGCCUGGGGGGAAGCCCCUGGGAGUGAUUGCCAACUUUCAGUCGAGUCCAAAGUAUGGUAGUGAGGAGGACUGUUCCAGUGCUACCUCGGGCUCGGUGGGAGCCAACAGUACCACUGGGGGAGGCCCUGUGGGAGCAUCAAGCUCCAAAACAAACACUCUGGAGAUGCAGAGCUCAGGGUUUGAUGCAAUACUUCAUGAGAUCCAGGAAAUCCGAGAGACGCAGGCCAGACUAGAGGAAUCCUUUGAAAACCUCAAGGAGCAUUAUCAGAGGGACUAUUCCUUAAUAAUGCAAGCCUUACAGGAGGAGCGAUACAGAUGUGAGCGAUUAGAGGAGCAGCUAAAUGAUCUGACAGAACUCCAUCAGAAUGAGAUCUUGAAUUUAAAGCAGGAGUUGGCCAGCAUGGAAGAGAAAAUCGCCUAUCAGUCCUAUGAGAGGGCCCGGGACAUACAGGAGGCGCUGGAAGCGUGCCAGACCCGGAUCUCCAAGAUGGAAUUGCAGCAGCAGCAGCAGCAGGUGGUGCAGCUGGAAGGACUGGAGAACGCCACCGCCCGCAACCUCCUGGGCAAGUUCAUCAACAUCCUUUUGGCUGUGAUGGCUGUCCUCUUGGUCUUUGUCUCCACCGUGGCCAACUGCGUGGUCCCUCUCAUGAAGACUCGCAGCAGGACGUUCAGCACUUUAUUCCUUGUGGUUUUCAUUGCCUUUCUCUGGAAGCACUGGGACGCCAUCUUUGGCUACGUGGAACGCUUCUUUUCGUCCCCAAGAUGAUGACACGGAGGCAGCUGCUCCCCGACCCUGGCGCGUGCAUGCAGCAGAGAUUUAGACAGCAGCCUGACUACUCUGAAGUUUUAAACGACAAGAAAGAGUCGAGUGAAUCUGUUUACAUUUAGAAUAACGUUUUUUCUCUGAGAGACGCGAUUGCAAUAGUAUUUUUUAGAUUUUAUCCAAGAAGUUUUUUGGGCAAAAAUCCUGGAUCAUUUUUAUGUAGCAUGAUUCUCCUGGGAUGCAAACCUUAAAAAGAUCCUUUAACAUAAACCAACACAAUCCGGAGCACAGCGAUGGGCAUUCUAAAUUCCGGCUCGAACUACUGCACUACAACCCGAUAGAAAGAGGAGUCCACUUCAGCCAGUUAGGCCUAGCCACCUGCCUUGUCUGGGAAUGUCCCAGACCCUCCUUCCCCAGGCUCCCCUUGACUGAGAAAUCCUAGCACAUUCCAUGUCUGAAGUCACGGAUUCAGGCUGGAUCUUCCUUAGCCGCGGAGAACGCAUGGAGGAACACGUGGAUCGGCCCCACUGCUUUCACGCUCACGGCAGCCACUCACGGGCAUCUCAGAGGGUGGUCAUUUUUAUAUCUGGGCCCUUCCCCUUUUGCAAGGAUACAGUGUCACGCCCGACAGGAUAACUGCACAGUCCCUACUACAGUAUUUUGAAGUAGCCCUCUAAAUACUUAAUCUUAAGCAAAAGCCCUUGGCCGCACUUUUAAGGUUUUUUUUUUUAUAUAUAUAUGUGUGUAUAGUCACAGAUUUAAAAAAUAAAAAAAUCCGAACAGCAUACUUGAAGAAUGUAAUACUCAAACUCUCAGUGCUUCCUUAUGGUUUCUAAUAGGAUUUUUUAUUAUUGUUAUUAUUAUUAUUAUUAUUAUUAUUAUUGGGUUUUUUUUUUUUUUUGGAAGGGGCUGGGAGGGUGUUUUUUUUCCUCGAAAUAAAGAAGUGAUGUUUUUAAAUGAAGAAAUGUGUGGAUAAUUAAAUGUGCUCUGUCUUGUCUCUAAACAAUUUGAGGAAAGUGAGACCUUGCAAAUGCCGCCCUCUGUUGCCUCAUGCUUAGAGUUGCAAUAUAUUAAAACAUUUUUCCUCUCUCCAUCAUUUCCCCCCUCCCCCCCAAUGGAGUUGAUUUAGUUGGGGAAUGAUGGUGACUCUAUGAAUCUCAAACCAGCACUAUCGAAAUAGGGAGUAUUUCCCUUAAAAUUUACUUCAGUUCCUAAGCUGGACUGGGGCAGGAGACUUUAUCAAGAAAUAAGAGUCAGCCCUAAAUCACUUUAGUUUUUUCUUUUUAUUUAUACAACAAAGCAUCCCCAGCAACUGAAGCCAAAGUGAUCCUUCAUUUCUAGCUGAUGGUAGGCAAAUUGUUUGUCCUCCUGUCAGCUCUGUGGCCCCGGGGAGCCUUCUUUUCAAAGCUUUAUUCUGGCUGCCUCCCUGGGGCAACGAGAUGAUUCCCUUGAAUGAGAACAAGAAAAUAUGUUAGGUGAUGAAGGCUGUUCCUAAGGCAUGUGUAUGAAUGUUUUGUCAGUGAUCUGCUGUCCUUCACUGGCUUUCCUAACAGAAUUAUUCUCAAUCUGGGUUCUGUAGUUUGUGUUGAUUUUUCUUUUUGAAUAUGAAUUCUAUUAUGUGGAGAGAUAUUGAGCCAGCCCCUCUCUUUUCUGUAACUAACACCCUCAUGCUAUUGGAGUGCAUGCUUCUGACUCUCCACAAAGGGCACAGAGUUUCUGCACCAUUCCCAGUAUCAAACUGUACCUGCUGUUCUCUCCCUGGCUCCAAUUCUGUGCAACCAAAAGAUAGAAUGCCGCGCACUAGGAAUGGGAAGCCAGGCUUUAAUUAUUUUGUUCAUUCCAAAAAAUUAUUCCUGAACGAGAUUAUCAUUGCCCCUUUUGCUGGGAAGGCAGGGUUUAGGGUUCCCGUGGCUGCCCCGGCCUUGCUUAGCUUUAACCAGCUAGUCCUUCCAACCCUGUAACCCCUGUGUGCCUCCUCCAAGAAAUUCAGCAUAUCACCUCUGUAAUCACAAAACUCAGGUACUCCUGCUCUUCCCCUACUUAUCUCCAAAGGGCAGCUUGUCUGCUGCUUGAAUUGCCCUCAUGAACUUGUUCUUCCCUUUCCCUUUCCCCAAACUAGGAGAAGCUGCAAGGAUUCAUUUUUUUAAGAAAGAGUAAAAGGAGAUGUAUUCCAUCCAAGUUUAUAUUGAAAUAAAAUCAUUCCUGUUUCCCACUGCAUUACAGAUGAAUUCUGAAUACUUGGAAGUCUUGUUUUGCCUAAAAACAUUAACUAUUGCUAAAAAAACAAAAACAAAAAACUGGAGUGCCGUAGAAUGUAAUGCCCUUAUGUAGCUGAAAUAGUUUCCUCCACUGUUAUGCAUUUCUCCAUGAUCCAUUUUAAUACGUUUUCUAAAAACAGGGAAGAGAGACCUCUAAGAUACGAAAUAUACACUACAAACAUCAUCUUUCUUAAGUCCAGUCUCUUUGCCACUCGUUAAGCCAGAAUGUCUCUUAAAGUUGUGUGGAAACUAUUAACUGUAGUGCACACUGGAAACUCUGGGGAGCGGCCUGUGCACCCCAGGGGCUUCCCCCCCAUUCGCCUCAGGUCUGUGUUCGGUGCCUCACUCCUUUGUUCUCUGUUCUCUUCUCCACUCUGAACUUGGUCCUUACAAAAAUGCCCUGGUCAUUAAGCCCUGAGCCCCAGGCCAGACAGGGAUAGAAAGUUCUCCAUCUUCCUCUUUCCAGCAGAAAAGCUCAUCCUAGUUAAGAUGAGACAAUUAAGUCCCCCUUGAACCCUGGUCCUUUUCCCUUCCCAAAUGUCAGCAUUUCCCCCCACUUUCUCCCCAUGUUCCUAAUCCUGCUGCCUUUUCUUCUGACUCGAUUACUUCCCCUGCACUAAGGUGGUUCCGAGAUGUUCCCCUUCCCUGGAAUCUCUUCUGUCACCUCAUCCUAAUGGUCUAACAAUUGUUAUCUUGUGGGAAACUUGACUCUAGCUCCUUUCCUCGUAAAGGCUAUGUUUGUUCUCUUUGAAGGAAGGGCAUUCCUGGAUUGCUCGUAUGAGUUGGUGCCUACCCUGGUGUGUGUGUGACUGGCUGUGUCCUGGGACGGGAACCACUUUCAGGUCGUAGGAUGAUUUCCUGACAUUUCACUUUGUUUCUUUUAAACCUAAGGCACUUCUUUCUGAUUAGACCUCAGGGUGGGGUGUUGAGCAUGUUCCAUAACCUCAAACUGGGGAGCCGAGGUAAGCCACGCUCCGUCCGGGAGGAUUAGGGUUCCUUCUCACCCCGUGCCCCAAACUGAGACAAUCCGAAGUUCGAGAAGACAGUUUGAAGGAGUCUUCUUGCUGAUCUCUUGAUGUUGAACACAGUUCCCUCGGGCUCAUCCUCUCGGUGUUUCGGUUUCGUUGCCAGUCUUGCGUGUCUGUAGGGUACAGUUUGAUGAAAUGCUGAAUUCUGUUUGUUGUUGCACUGGGUCCUAAAAGGAGCUGUCUCCCAGUUUGGAAAAAAAUAUGCAUUCAAUAACCAAAUCAAAUAUUGUUGUGAUGAAAUAAGCCAAGGUUGAUAGAGCUGUGGUUGCCCCUUCUACCUAAUGGAACUCGGAUUUCUGAAUGUGACUCUAGCGAGUUAAAAUAUGUCUGUCUGCGUGUUGUGUAUGCCGGGUGGUACCGUAGUAGGCAUUGACUAGACUGUAAGUGUGUUUUUUCAAUUUGUAAAAGAAUAAAAACUCACUUGCACGGGUUGAAAAGUUCAGAAAUGACACUUGUGAACGUAACACUGUAGUUGCUAGAUCUUAAGCUGCUAAUUGUUGAGAGAGAUUUACAUUUAUGUUUUGUCUGAUUGCUGCAGGUUUCUUGGCAGCACUUUUACUGUAUAUAAAAAUUUAAAUAAAGACCUCAACUAUUAACAUGA